AUGGAUGAUAUCGUGUGGAUUCGAGACGAUGCUCAAGUCGACGACUCGAUUCCCGUUUCUGAUCAACUUCCAUCCGCUGAUGGCCCGUCUACCACAGCCGCCCCACCUGCAGAAGAUGAACCUGAAACCUUUAUUGAGAUCCCUGUAAUCUUUCAACCAAAAUCUACUGAAGUUCGAUUCUAUCCCACGGAAGACAAGGAUAGCGAACGCGAAGGAACGGUUCCAGUCGAGAUCUAUAAGCCAUUUUCUAAUGGAACGUCAGCGACAAACGGCGCACAAUCAGGUCAAGGCAACGGCGGACCCCCGAAGGUAACGACAGAGCCGUCCGCAAAGUCGCAACAGGAUGUGCCUCCUCAUGAAGCUGUGAAGCCUCAGGAAGAAGUCGCUAAACCAGUGGAAAAGAGCCAAGCCGAUCAAGCCACUGUCGGACAAGCGCAAACUGCAGUCGAUCUUGCUAAUGAGCAAAGCAAGGAACCCAAAAAGGAAGAAGCGAAGCCACCUGAGACCAUCCAGACUGUGCCAAUAGCAACCGACGUACCACCUCCUCCCACCUCUACCCCUGAUAUAAAACAGGAACCAACUCAACUGAAUGCUGAGGCUCAAAAGCAGGAACCAAAACCACUCGAAACUAACCAACCUAGCCAGUCAUCUAGUGCAGCAGAACCAGCUGUGAUCAACUUGCAGUUUAAGGAGCCUCCACAGAAAAAAGAAGAGCCUCAGAAGUCGCCAGAGAUAAAGGAACCCGCUGCGUCCAGUACUGCAGCGGAGCCAGCCGUAAUUAGCAUAGUUUAUAAAGAACCCACGAAAGAAAAGCCAUCAUCGGAAGCGGCUCCUGUGCAAGUUGAGGUAUUCGUUCCGUUGGAUCACCCGGCCGAGAACGACCAUGUCGCAGAAGAAGAAGCUGCUGAAGAGCCUGUCUUGAUCGAUCACAACACGCCGGAGCUUUUGGAGGAAGCCGCUCAAAAACUUGUACAAAUCCAAGAAGAAGAAAAGAAGCCGACGGUGGUGGCAAAUGAGAACGAAACUACAGUGGGCGAAGCCGCUCAAAAACUUGUACAAAUCCAAGAAGAAGAAAAGAAGCCGACGGUGGUGACAAAUGAGAACGAAACGACAGUGGGC